UGCUUCCCUUUAUCGCGUCGGUAAAUCACAUAGGUAUUUCUAAAGGCCAGACCUAUUAUAUUUUAAUUCAAAUGUUGCCAAAAAAAUCGACGAUUAAGUGUUUUUCUAUGUUUUGGUGUAUUAUCGUGUAGUCGUGCAAACACGAACAAUAAGAACAGGUUCAAAGAUUUUAAAAAUAUGAGUAUUAAAAAUAAAACUUUAGAUCUAAAUUAUUGGAAUUAAACAUGAAAUGCGUGUGUAUGAUUAUUGCACAUAAAACCAACAUUUUUAUGAUGUGUUCGCGCUUUCGGAUUUUCCAAUGGGAAUAUUCAUUAAAAAGUCCCACCAUGCUAGAAUUGUGUGUGAUGUAAAAGUGAAUAUUCAUAGGUAUAUUCAUUAAUACCUUUUUGUAAUUUUUGCAGCGAAAUUAUUAUAAAAAAAAUCAGAGACUUAGACAAGAUUGCAGAAAUAUUAUCACAUAGUUUUAUGUUUAAAGAUGAAACUAAUCAGGCAUUGUGGAUCAAUUAUCAGAGACAUGAUUAAGGUCUACGUUAGUCUUUUGCCAACACAACGGUACCCUCUUCACAUUUUCCUACUAAUGAUCUUCGCAAUAUCUGUGUCAAGUCAACCCCUUUAUCUUCCUGCCGAGACAUUUAAAUGCGGACCUGAUGUAUUGAACUUGUCUUGUGAAAGAUGGGGAUAUGAUGCAUGUAUCACUGAUGGCGGGGACAGUUACUGUAUGCCAUGUAAUGUGGAAUAUCUGGCAUCUCUGUGCGGGACGCCAGAAGAAAUAACGGGAUGCAAUCUUUACUGCACACAGAUGGUAGUAGACGAAGAAGUGAAAAGAGCAAAGGUCAACUUUACCGAACAACUAGAAUAUAUCGCACAACAAAGAUAUUCAUCAAAUAUACAUGGUAAAACUCAAUUCAUAAUUCUUAUGGAUUAUUAA